CACUCGCGCGAAUCAGUGAAAUGCGUGCCGGCGUUCUCGACGAAUAUGUGCACCAUUGACUGUUAGCUCCGCAGAUCGCACUCGUCAUCGCUGUGCGUGUCCACGAGAGUCACGGGGGAAUCGGCUGUGAACUUCGCUUCCAAUCUUUCUUGGAAGAUUGUCGUCUCGGCCUUAAGUGACGUAAAAUGGCAUCGUUGAAGCUGCUGGUGGGUGGCGCCAGUGCCAUAGGUGCUAGUGCACUCACCUCUUAUCUCUUGCUGUCCGAUAAUACAGUUUACGCGGACAAGUCCGUUCAAAAGAAGAGGCCCUUGCCGACGAGGGAGGACCAAGUGAAGACGUUGAAGACUCAAGAUGAAUACGAUGUCCUUAUUGUUGGUGGCGGUGCGACAGGGGCUGGAUGUGCGUUGGACGCCUGCACGAGAGGUCUGAGAACUGCUUUAAUCGAGGGGGACGACUUCGCGUCCGGCACGUCUUCUAGAAGUACGAAACUGAUUCACGGAGGGGUGCGUUAUUUACAAAAGGCCAUAAUGCAAGUGGACAUCGAGCAAUAUAAAAUGGUGAAGGAAGCGCUGCACGAAAGGGCUUCGAUGUUGCAAAGCGCGCCUCACUUGGCUCAUCCUCUGCCUAUCAUGUUACCCGUGUACACGUGGUGGCAAAUACCUUAUUACUGGUUCGGUAUAAAGAUGUACGACCUGGUAGCUGGAAGCAAGACAGUGAAGUCGUCCUACUUCCUCAGCAAAUCCGACGCUUUGGAGUUGUUCCCUAUGCUUAAAGGAGACAAACUCACAGGAGCUAUUGUUUACUACGAUGGUCAACAAGACGAUGCCAGGAUGAAUUUGGCAGUCGCUCUGACUGCCUCGCGACACGGUGCAACAGUCGUAAAUCACGUGACAGUCGUUAAUCUCUUGAAAGGCCUCGACAAGGAUGGUAACCGAGUGCUUACCGGCGCGCGUGUGAGAGACGAACUCACUGGGGAGGAGUGGGACGUUAAAGCUAAAGCGAUUAUCAACGCGACGGGACCCUUCACGGAUCACAUUAGAAAAAUGGACGACCAUAUGGUCAAAGAGAUUUGUUGCCCUUCCUCUGGCGUACACAUCGUACUUCCAGGCUACUACAGUCCGGACCAGAUGGGCCUUCUGGAUCCAGCGACGAGCGACGGCCGAGUGAUCUUCUUUUUACCCUGGCAGAAGCAAACGAUCGCUGGCACGACCGACUUACCUUGCGAGGUGACGCACAAUCCCCGACCCACGGAGGACGAGAUAAUGUUUAUUCUCCGCGAAGUGAAGAACUACCUGAACCCGGACGUCGAAGUUCGCCGAGGUGACGUCCUGUCCGCCUGGAGCGGCAUCAGGCCCCUCGUCUCCGACCCGAACAAACCCAACACCCAGUCUCUCGCGAGAAAUCACAUCGUCCACGUCAGUCCCACGAAACUCAUCACGAUAGCCGGUGGGAAAUGGACGACCUACAGGGCUAUGGCUGAAGAAACGAUCGACACUGCUAUCAAAGCUUGCAACCUGAAGCCAGCGAGAUCCUGCCAGACCAACGGGUUCCUGUUGGAAGGAGCUCACGGAUGGAGCCCGACGAUGUACAUCAGAUUAGUGCAAGAUUUUGGAUUAGAGUGCGAGGUAGCGCAGCACCUAGCCAAGAGCUACGGGGACCGAGCGUUUGCUGUAGCCAAGAUGGCAUCCCUCACUGGCAAGCGAUGGCCAAUCAUUGGUCAAAAGAUCCACCCUGAAUUCCCGUACAUAGACGCCGAAAUUCGAUACGGUUGCCGCGAGUACGCGCGAACAGCGAUCGACAUGAUCGCGCGACGCUUGAGACUAGCGUUCCUGAACGUCCAAGCAGCGCAGGAGGCUCUGCCAGGUAUCAUAGAUAUCAUGGCGGAGGAGCUGCACUGGACGAACGACGAGAAGAACAAGCAGCACAAGCAAGCCAGCGAUUUCCUCGCGAACGAGAUGGGCCAGAUGGUGAAUCGCGCCUCUCGCGACAAGAUCCCCAUCAAUCUCACCAAGGAGGAGAUCCAGCUGUACAUCAAGCGGUUCGGUAUCAUCGACAAGGACAACAAAGGCUACGUGUCCGUGAACGACAUCAGGAGAGGACUCAAGCUAUUCGGUGACAAGGAAGUACCUGGCGAAGAGCUUCACGAAAUACUGCGCGAAAUCGACACUAAUAUGAACGGUCAAGUCGAAUUGGACGAGUACCUUCAGAUGAUGUCUGCCAUAAAGUCUGGACACGUGGCGUACUCGCGUUUCGCCAGGAUGGCGGAGAUGGAGGAGGCGCAGCACGAGAAAGAAGUAUUGAAGAAACAGAUCAGCGUGGAGAGGUCCGGCGGCGGGCUGUAAAAGAAAAUCCACGUUCUGCGGCAUCGUACCAAUCCUCGUGCGGUUCUUACGAGACUCGACGCAUCGACAACCGCCACGACGAACUAUCAUAGAAUCCUCGUUCACUCUGAAAUCGGAAUGUAGCCUCCUCUAAAGCAGGAUCGCCGCGAGUCCCUGUAUUUCGUACUUUCUACAACGACUAUCUCGUUGCAUCUACUUGAUUUAAAUCGGCGAUGGGCGAAAUUCGGGACAGAAACCUUCCUAUAACGAACAAUGACCUAUCCCGUUUCUCGUCGGAUUAAUAUUAGAUAUCUCGAUCGCUGAAUGAAACUUUAAUUAUAAAUAAACUGCUGCGCGUUGGUUCCGUUCGAAUUGAAACGCCCAUCUCUGGCUUCGAGGAUGAAAUCACACGAAUUUUAAUUUUAAUGUAAAUAUCUUGUAUACAGCGUUUUAGUUACACGAAAAUAGACGCGCCGUGUAUGUACAUACGCUUUAUCGCGAAACGCGACAGGAUCAGGAUGCAUCAACGACGGACGUACACCGGUCGAUAAAACUCAUGUCGAAUUACACAUUUGUUCUCACAUUGUAAACUUUUCAUGUAUAGGAUGCGAGUAUCUCAAUCGUCACAUACGUUAGGAACGUCACAAUUAGAGAAAAAAACGGAGCACAGGGCAGUUUGAUGAUGGUUUCGUCUCUAUUUCUUUUUUUUUUUUUUGCGUGAUAACUGCGUUUUCGCAUAGAACAACAAACAUACAGGUCGAAUCGGUCUCUAGGACUCGAUGAGACGGUUUUAUUUAUAAAUUAUAUUAAUUACUAUUGUAUAUUAGAACCAGUCUCUGCAUAGGUUUCCCUCCCCCGUUAUUUAAGUAAUUAUUAUACUUAUUUAAUUUAUUGCCGCUAAUGUCACGCAGUCACGACGUACACGAUCUAUCUUAGAGAUUAAUUUAUUUUACCAUCAUUAGUCAUUAUCAUUGACUUAAUAAAAAGUCGUAUUGAACUA